CAGGAUUGUGGGAAAUUUCGCACCUUGCGAAAUGUAGGCUACAUGCACAAUUUGAAAGGAUUAUUACAUAUUUAUCGACUUUCAUUUCGAUCAAAAUGUCUAAACUGCAGUUGUUCAAUGCGUAUCUGACUGAACGAUUAACAGCAGCUGCUGCAGAGAUAUCAGUGGCAGUAGAGAGAACGAUAACAGAUUACCAGGAAGAGAACGAACGUCUGCGACGACUACUUGAUUUGUUAACCAAGCCCAAGUUUCAUAGAGCAGACCCCCAGCAACUCACGCUCCUUGUAUCUGAAGAGGAGGAACACUGUGAGCAGGAGUGGAGCCCAAGUCUGGGGCAGGAGGACCCAGAGGACCCAGAGCCCCCACACAUUAAAGAGGAACACGAGGAGUUCAGGACCAGUCAGGAGGAAGAGCAGCUUCAAGGGCUGGAGUCUGACACCAAAGACUCAACAUUCACUCCUGCUUGUGUGAAAAGUGACUGCAAUGAUCAGGGCACACCUCAGCUCUCACAUCUUUACCAAACUCAAAUUGUGGAGAACAAGGAGAAGCACUCUAUACCCACCAACACAAUUGAAGAGAUCAAAACAGAACCUAAUGGACAGGACUAUGGAGUACCAGAACCAACUAGUGACUCUCAUCCCCUCUGUGCAGUAAAUCCUGGUUGUUCUGCAGCUCAGAGCGAAGCCAAUGACAAUGGGAUGGAAAGUGGAGAAACACUGCCAGGAUCUACACUACUCGAAUCAACUAGAACAUGGGUAAAACAUGGACAAAGCUCCCAUACUAGUACUGAUGACAAGACAGCCAAACAGUUGCCCCAAUUUAAAUCCCCCAGUCAAAGAAAUUCUGUUCCUUUUUCUUGCAAGGUGUGUGGAGAGACUUUUGUUUUCAUGGGCCAUUUCGUCCAUCAUGUGCGAGAAACACACACAAAGAACCAAGACUACAUGUGUGGUGUGUGUGGAGAAGACUUUGAGUCCACAGAAUGUAUGAUCGAUCACCUGCAAACUCACACUACAGAAAUAUAUUAUUGUGAUGUUUGUAGCAAACGUUUCUCAUUUGAGUCUCAUCUGAAACAACAUAUGUUGGUUCACACAGGGGAGAGGCAGUAUCAAUGCAAAGAAUGUGGCAAAUGCUUCAUUCAUAGUGGACAGCUGAAUACGCAUAUGAAGAUUCACACACGGGAGAAAUUGUAUCAGUGCAAAGAAUGUGAAAAAUGUUUCCCCAGUAAGCAUAACUUGGACAGGCAUAUGGUGAUUCACAUAUAUUCUAAUCUGAAAAUGCACAAGACUCACACAGGAGAGAAACGAUAUCAGUGCAAAGAAUGUGGGAAAUGCUUCCUUCAUAAGGGACACCUGAAUACCCAUAUAAGAAUUCACACAGGAGAGAAACCAUACCAAUGCAACGAAUGUGAGAAAUGUUUUGGCCGGAAGGAAAACCUAACAGCACAUAUGAGGGUUCACACAGGGGAGAAACCAUACAAGUGCCCAGUGUGUGGAAAAUGCUAUAGCACUGCACAAGUUCUAAAAUUGCAUCAACUUCAAAGUCACUAUCUAGGUUUCCAUCCAAUUGGUGAUGGAUUUUCAUGCGACUAGUCCAUAUAGAAAGAACAUGGCCAUUUUAUCAUCUGGGGUGUGUUUCCAACAAACUGAAUUUUCAGCAGAUAAAAUGCUGUGUGUGAUGUAGUUAACUUAAGCGCAAAAGUGCUUUUAUGUUUUCAUAUACCAAAUAAAUGUUUCCAUUGCAUUUUCAACUCUA